AUCAAUGUUACCAGAUACAAAUGAAUAAUGUUAAGUAAUAGAGGAAUAUAAAGGAUUUCCAGGAUCUAAAUCAUUCUCUAUUUUAGGGCUUUUAAAUUUAGCACUGGUUUAUGCAAAAAUGACUGUACAUUUUUAUGUUAAAUGGACAAUCAUUUUAAGUCCGAUGAUUUUCUUUUUUGCCUAUAAAUUUUUGAAGAGCAUUUAUAAUAUAAGUUAGCAAUCUCGUUAAGAUAAGAAUAAAAGUUUAAAAUAAAGAAAGAUGAUUAUGUUAUGGAAUUUAUGCUAAUUAUUGAUUACAGCACCUUUGGCAGUAUCUACAUUUUAUUUAGGUGAUUUAAUAGAAAAGGCUAUUUAAUAAUAAGAUAUUACAGAACCUUUAACUCAUUUAUUUGCUUGUUUUGCAUUCACAUUAUUAGUAUAUUUGCUAUAUUCAUUAAGUACAUAAAAAGAAACAUAAUAAAAUCAAUCAAACAAUAAAGGCAUAUUAUUGAACUUUUUACUCUCAAUGUUUGGUAAUUCAGUAAGUUUUUGUGCUGGAGGAGUAUGUAAUUCAUUUUAUAUUUCAACACUUUCUGCAUUUUUUUCAGCUUUUGGAAUUCCAAUUACUUAAUACUUACAUUAUUUAAAUUAUCUAUGUAUUAUUUUAUUAGCAUUUUCUCUGUUAUCUUUGUACUCAGUUAAGGAAUCAAUAUUUUAUGCUCCAUUCUUAAUUACUUUUAUAGGUUCAAGUUUAAUAGUAAAUGACAUGUUUUUUUACAAAUUACCAUUUGCACUUUGGAUUGGAAAUGGAAUGAUAAUUGGAUCAGCUUUCUGGAAUUCCAGAUUAAAUUAAUUUAGCUUCUUUAAGAGAAAGAAAUGA